UACCGAUCUGUUGAUCGAAUGAAUUUUGUUUGAUAAUUGGAAGUGUCACAACUUUUACACAUUCGUGAUUAUGGGUUAGUCAAUUCUAAUAUGAUUCGUGUACAACCAAAUACCAAUAUCCAAUUUAGUCGUAUAAGAUGGGAAGAAGUCAUACUAUACCAAUAGCUAUGCUCUAGAAUGAAACGACAAUCUGCCACAAAUUACCAUAUUUACAAACGUACUUCAAUCUAACUAUUCUUACCAAGCUAGAACACGAAAUAAGGACUUUUCUGUUUCGGUUCAAAUGACUCGCUGUUAUAGUCCAAUGAUACUUCCCGCAGCUUUUACCCAUCGAGACUUCCCAUCUUCCCCUCCCGCUAUAAAAGUAAUGGCUGCUUUCUCUCCCUUUACAGCACUCAGCACUGCGGUUUCUCGUUGUUCUUCUUCUUCUGCAUUCGAUCGCUCGCUCUCGCUCUCGCUCUCUCGUUUCUCAAUCACUUUCCAUAAUCAUUCCCCAGUUCUCUGCCCCCGUACGCGCUUCUCCCCUGUCAACAGGCCUACAGUUUCUCCCAACGUCAGGUGCUUGUCAAACUCGGUGAAUCCACCAGCUGCGAUGGAGCAAGUGGCUGCUACGAUGGAACAAGUUAAGCUGCUUACUUCAGUUAACGAUCAACAUGGAGGAGUAAUAGUGGAGUUGUUUGAACCUAUUGACUCAGGGCUCUUUGCUUCAAUGCUCAGAAUUUCGAUCAGCGAAUGGAGAAAGCUGGGUAAGAAGGGGGUAUGGAUCAAACUUCCCAUUGAGCUUUGCAGUCUUGUUGAAGUUGCAGUCAAGGAAGGAUUUUGGUAUCAUCAUGCAGAGCCAACAUACUUGAUGCUUGUUAGUUGGCUCCCUGGAGGUGCUCACCCUCUUCCACCAAAUGCCAGCCAUAGAGUCGGAGUAGGUGCAUUUCUGAUGAAUGAGAAAAGGGAGGUGCUAGUCGUCCAGGAGAACAGUGGAAUAUUUCGAGGAACAGGAAUCUGGAAGUUCCCUACUGGAGUUGUUGAAGAGGGAGAGGAUCUCUGCACAGCUGCUGUAAGGGAAGUCAAAGAGGAAACUGCUAUCGAUGCAGAAUUCAUGGAGAUUUUAGCUUUCAGGCAAACCCACAAGGCGUACUUUGAGAAGUCGGAUUUGUUCUUCCUGUGUAUGCUGCGACCCAUCUCUUUCGAUGUCCAGAGGCAGGAAGCAGAGAUAGAGGCAGCAAAGUGGAUGCCCUGGGACGAAUAUGUGGCUCAGCCAUUUGUGCAAAAGACUGAAUUCGUGAAGCACAUUAGUGACAUAUGCUUGGCAAAGGUUGACGGGGACUACACCGGGUUCUGUGCCAUUCCCACUGCUUCUUCUGGUGGUCAAAUGGGCCAUGUGUACCAGAAUGCACAAGGCCGGAGAAGGUAGUACUGCAGAGUCCUUUGAGAAGGAAGGAAGAUGUCAAACUUCUAGUUUAUAGAAGACGCAGUAUUGGUUGGUUCUUGAUUGAUUGGGAGUUACUCAUUCGGCAAUAAGUUGAUUUCAUUCCAGUUUGCGGCAAGUGAAGGGGACAGGGUAUGUCAUUAUAGUUCCAGGAUCAUUGCAGAUUAAAGAAGUAAGAUGGAAAAGAAUAUUGGCAUUUUAGUUUAUAGAAGUUAAUACAUAUUGAAGGGAAUU